UAAGGGAUAAAUUUGUUGUGUCUGCAACAAAGGAACCACACAAGAUGAUUUGAUUUUUUUAAAUUAAAUUGCACAAAAUAUUUUGUAAAAAAUGUUUGCACCACCGAAACGUAAAUCGAAAAGUUCGAAAGAUAAAGAAAAAAGUAGUAAACAUGAACGAGGUGGUAGUGCAAAACGAAUUGAAGUUUCCGAAAAAGUGGUAUUUAAAACAGAGACUGAAACGGAUAAGAAAAAAUUAACACGAAAUGCAAGCGCAACAUCGGCAACAGAAGUGGUGGUUUCGGAUGAUAAUUUCAAUUCAAAAGUUAAUAAUCCGUUGUCAAGGGAUAUAUCAAUUGAAGGACAGGUGCCAUUGGAUACACAAAUUGAAAGAGGAAUAAUGAAUUUAUUAGAACAGGAAAUAGCAAGAGUUGAUAAAAAACAAUACCCACCACGGCCACAAAGUUUAAGCUUUUAUGAAGAUGAAUUCGGGGGUGAUGAUACCGAUUUAAGUGGACAAUUACAAGCAUUAAGUCCGGCUGAAAAACAAUCGAUUGUAAAUCGUACAAAAAAUAAUUUUAUGACAAUAAAUGCAAAUGUUGAUAUCAAUUCACCAGAUGUCCAUAAUAAAAAUGAUCAACAUGGUGGAACAUCUUCAAAACGGAAUAGUGACGAUUAUAAUUUGAGUAAUAGCCGUGAAAAAAUUGUAUCCGAUCAGAAAAAAUUGAAAAAACAUCAACGUAAAAAUAAGAAAGAUGACACUAAUGGCGCUGGUUCGUCAAGUGUUAAAAAAUCUAAAAAACGUAAUCAAAGUUUUUUCAAUGAAGCAUAUCAACCAAAAACUGAUAUAACCAUGGCUUUGGAAGAUUUACAAGACGAUGUGUUUGAAGGUCCUGCACCAAUUCACGGUUACAAUUAUGGCGAUUCACCAAAAUCACCACAAUAUGGAGGAAUAUCACCUCCAUUGGACAUACCAACCAAAAUAUAUAUAGGACAUAAUCAAUUAUCAUCAUCAAAUGAUAAUUCAAAUCGAGCAAAACCGGUGAAUCCUCCAUUAAGUCUUGGAGAUAAACAAUUUUCGGAAAGCACACCGGAUUUAAUACCAUUGGACAUUGCCAUAUUCCUACAAAGAAUUUGGAUGCCAUUCUCAACAUUUUGCCAUGGCCUGCUGGCGGGCGUGGCUUUAAUGAAUUUAAUGAUGUUAUAUGUAUUUAAACCAAUUGAUCAUGAAGAUUUUAUAAUGGCAUGCAUUGAACUCUCAGAAUAUUACAAAACAUUAUUCUUUAUCUUAUGUAUAAUAUGUAUUGUUUCUGUAUUCGAUCGGUAUGAUUUAGCACAUUUAAAUAUGAAACAUGUUACUGAUUUAUGGAUUUAUCGAAAAAGUUGUAUAGUAAUUGUUAUUUAUUUGGCAACAUUAAUAUGCUUUUUAUCAGAAACCAACAGAAAUGGAUAUUAUCAAUUGAUUAGUGAAAAAACAGUACGCGUUAUCAAGCAUGACGGUGUCCUUCUCCAUUCAAUGUGGACAUCAAUUGGUGCAAUACUUGGAUGGUUCAUAUUAUCAUGUUCCAAAUAUGAUGAUCUAUUACGCAUUCAUUUAGAUAACAUAUCAACCAAAUAUAGUAAUAAUGAAUCAAAUAAAAAUGUCAAAUAGAUUAAAAAUAUAAUAAUUGUUCUGCGCCAUCUUGUGUUUGUUUUCUAGCAACAUAUCUUUGACCAAAGCAAAUCAUAU